AACAAAAACUCUGGUUUCGAGACAACAUUUAAGUCAGAUUGAAAUCACACUUGCAAGUGCCAACUUCGGUCAAUUAUUUUAUCUUUUUUGCAAAGGUGUUAUCCAGUGUCUACUAAAAACCAAACAGAAAAUAAAAUAAUAUUUAAAUUAUAUAAAUAAAUUAAAAAACGUAAACAACUAUUUUUUUUUUUUUGUGAUACAAAAAUCCUUUCACUUUUUGGUCAAAGACCCUGAGAUUCAUUUAAAUUUUUUAUAUAUUUUUUUCUCUUUUUUCUUAAUCAUUUAUUUAUCAAUUUUAAAAGCCUUAUCAAUUUCUUUUUCUGUCAAAAAUAUUAGUUAUCAUAAUUAUUGUUUUAAAGUAUAUUUUUUGCAAAAUCAUUUUAAAUUUUGAUAUAUAAAAUUGACGGUGUGAUAGAUAGGUCAUUUGAAGGCUGAAUUGUUGAUGGUAGCCAAUAUACUAAAUUGAAAAAUUGGCUGGUCGUGACAACGUUUGUCAUUAUAUUAUCAAGACUUGAACGAAAAAAAAAAGAAAAAACAUUUUUAAAUUGAAAAAAAAAUAAAGGGGGCUCGCUUUGAUAUAUUAUUUUUGAGUCUAUGUAUUUUUCUUCUUUGAAUUUUGUUAAGUUGUCGGUUGUAUUGAAAAAUCGAGGGAAAUAGCGGGGGGUUAGAAGAGAAUAUAAUCAGGGGGUAGAGAGGGGAUAUAGUGUUGGUUCUUUUCAGUAUACACCUCUUGCUCAUUCGAACAUUAUUCAGUUUUCAAGUCUGUUGAAUUUUUUCUCGUGAACCAACAACAUCUAGCUGACAUAUUUCUUAAAUUUUUCCAACUAAAGUUAAUAUAAUGACAAGUUUUGUUAAAUAUCAAUAAUUAAUUUGUAAAAUAAAUUUAAUUAUUUAAAAAAUAAUUUAUGUGGUUAUCGUCAAGCUCGUGUCUUAGUGUUAAUCACAAAAUAAAUUAAGCCAGAUAAAGAGAAAAAAAAAAAAAAUUAUUCCACGUGGUCAAGUUGCCGGUAAAAAAAAUAUUAAAUUAUAAAAAAAAGAAAUUAAAGACUUUUUUUUAUUUCGGUAAUUAUCAACGCUUCAAUUGCUUGAUAAAUAUACACACAAAUUUUUUUGGUUGGUUUAUCAAUCGAAAUAUUUAUUGAACAACUAAUUGAGUUAUUCAAAAAUGGGUGAAGAAUCAAAGACCAAGGGUUUAAACAGCCAUUUGCUAUUUGCCAUAAUAGCUGGUGCACUUGGAUCAGCAUUUCAACAUGGUUACAAUACUGGAGUUGUCAAUUCACCACAAGUGAUUAUCGAGCAAUGGAUUGGUGAUUUAAAAGCAAAUGAAUCAAAUGCAACUUAUGACAAAGAUACAUCACCACCAGAAUUAAAAAAUUAUGUAACAAUGGUAUGGUCAAUUGUUGUUGCAAUAUUUUGUCUUGGUGGUAUGAUUGGUGGUUCAUUAGUUGGUACAUUUGCUGAUAAAUUUGGACGUAAAGGAAGUUUAUUGGUAGUAAAUAUAUUAGUUGCUUUGGCAGCAAUAUUAGAAGGUUUUGCAAGAACAUGGGGUAGUUGGCAUAUGCUUGUUGUUGGACGUUUAAUAAUUGGUAUUAAUUCUGGUUUAAAUGCUGGUCUUGCACCAAUGUAUCUUGCUGAAAUAUCACCAACUCAUUUAAGAGGUGCAAUUGGUACUGUUUAUCAAUUAAUAAUAACAAUAUCAAUUCUUGUUGCUCAAAUAAUAAGUAUGAAUAGUCUUCUUGGUACUGUUAAUACAUGGCCAUUAUUAUUAGCAUUAACACUUGUACCAGCAAUAUUUCAAUGUAUCACAUUACCAAUAUGUCCAGAAAGUCCAAAAUAUCUUUUGUUGAGUAAAGGAAAAGAUGUUGAUGCACAAAAAGCAUUACAAUGGCUCAGAUCAACAUCUGAUGUUUAUGAAGAAAUGGAAGACAUGAGAUCUGAAUAUGAAUCUGUAAAACAUAUACCAAAAGUAACAUUGAGAGAAAUGCUUGUUAAUCCAGCAUUAAGAAUUCCAAUAAUUAUUGCUGUUAUGGUUAUGUUGGCACAACAAUUAUCUGGUAUCAAUGCUGUUAUGUUCUUUUCAACUAAAAUAUUCAGUAUGGCUAAAUUAAAUCAAGGACAAGCUGAACUUGCAACAAUUGGUGUUGGUGUUGUUAAUGUAUUGAUGACACUUGUUUCAUUAUUACUUGUUGAAAAAUUCGGUAGAAAAACAUUGCUGUUAUUUGGAUUUGGUGGUAUGGUUAUUGAUACAGCACUUUUAACACUUGCUUUAACAUUUGCUGAUUCAUCACCAAUUAUUGCUAUUUUUGCAAUUAUUUUUGUCAUAAUGUUUGUUGUAUUAUUUGCAACUGGACCAGGAAGUAUUCCAUGGUUUUUGGUAUCUGAAUUAUUUAAUCAAUCAGCAAGACCAGUUGCAACAUCAAUAUCAAUUGCAAUUAAUUGGGCUGCUAACUUUAUUGUUAGUAUUGCAUUUUUACCACUUCAACAACUCAUGAAUACAAAUGUAUUUAUUAUAUUUGUCAUUCUACAAGCUGGUUUUACAUUAUUUAUUUAUAAAAAAGUACCAGAAACUAAAAACAAAACAAUUGAGGAAAUUAGUAGUUUAUUCAGACAAAGAUCUUAUCAAUGAGAUUUUUAAACGACACGUAAUUACUAUAAUGCCAAAUUAUUAUUAUUUUAUUUUUUUUAAUUUUUAAAAUACUGUAUCAAGUUUAUCGAGUACUUCCAUUAACAGUUCGAUGCAUUUUAUUUUUAAUUAUGUUUUUUUUCAUUUGUAUUUUUCUUAUUAUUAUUGUGUAAUUUAUUUCCAAUGUUUUUUUUUUUCUUUUUUGCUAUCGAUCAAUUGACUGAAAAUUAAGUACGUCGAACUGAGAAUGUAAUACACUGAUACUCGAUGUUUUUGUAUUUUUUUUUUUUUUUUGUGUUUGUUAAUUAUAAAAUAACGAGACUCUGAAACAAUAUCAAGAUCAUGUUUUUUUAUCUGACUGGAAUAUAACAGUCUUAAUUAUAACAGUAGUAGUUUUAUUUUUUAUUUUUAAAAUUGAUAAAUUCACGUGCGUUGAAUCCAAGUGAUUCCAACUCUAGUCACGAAUAAACAAUUCGUUUUAAAUAAUUCAAGACCUCAAAAAUACUUUUAAAAUAAAAUAAUCAAAUAAACAAAAAUAAAAACUCAAUGUCAUAUUGAUUUUUAAAAUUCAAACCAUUAUUUUUUAUAUUAUAUAUAUCAAAAAUAAAUUUACAACAGACUAAUGUGUGAAAUGUCGUCAGAGUCUAUUUGAAAAAAAACAAUAACAAAAAAUGAAUGAAGACAGAUUAUUUUUAAAUGAUUGUUACGACGAAUAUUAAUUUUUUUCAUUACAAAUAUUAAGCGUGACUAAUUGAUUAACUGUAUCUGUAAAAAGGGUCUCAUGACAGACAAUUAUCUUUAUUUUUUAUAAUCAAAAACGAUCAAAUGCAAAAAAUAAGAUAAAAAACAAAAAAAAGUAAAUAGAAUUAAAUUGAAGGCAUUAACCGAAAUAUCUCAUUUGAACAAUAAUUAUUUGUAAAUAUGAAGAAAUGCUAAUAACUAGACUUUGGAUAUAAUUCUAAUUUGUUAAGACAAUGAUUAUGAAAUAUUAACUUCUGUUAUGAACAUUUCAUAUUGACAAUAUAAUUUAUUUAACUUCGCUACAGAAAAAAAGAGUAAAAUAUUGUGCAUCAAAUAUCACAGACAAGUGUUUUAAAUGUGCUUAUAAAUAAAUUGUAGUCUGCCAAUUAAUUUGACUAGUAAUAUUGAAUAUGACUCAUUACAAAUCAUGUAAAUAUAAUUUGUCAAUCAGGACAAAUUGUAUAAUUUUUUUAAAAAAUCAUUUCAAAUGUCUUCAACUUAUUUGACUAUUUUUAAUUUUUGUUCUACGUUUUAUAUAUUAUUUCUUUUUUUUUUUUUUUCAUAAACUCAAUACUCAUUCAUAUUAUAGUUAAUCAUAUUUAUGCAAAAAUAGACUUUUCAUUCUUUGUAAGAUUUAGAAAAUUAAAAGAUGAAAAAAGAUAAAUAUAUUUCAAGAUUAUAUAUUGAUGUUGAAUGUGUUUUGAUUUGAAAUGAUUAAGAAAAAUAUUGCUUGUUAAAUAUGAAUAAUUCUGUGAGGUCAAGAUUUAUGUGAAUUGUUAAAACGUGAUGUUUGCUAACGAAUAUUGCUAAUUAUUGAUUAAUAAUAAUUGUUUGUCUGGCAGGUGUAAUAUAUACGU